AUGGGCACCAGCGACUGGCCUCCCAGAGGGGGAGUGAAGAAAGGGGUGGAUAAACAGAGGUUGUUGCCAGUCUGGGCCCCAUUAGAAUCCUAUUCCAUUGCUGGCAGUGAGGGGAGUAUCUCAGCUUCAGCUGCUUCGGGUCUGGCUGCCCUCUCUGGCCCCAGCUCUGGCCUCAGCUCUGGCCCCUGUUCCCCGGGCCCCCCAGGGCCAGUCAGUGGCCUGAGAAGAUGGUUGGGUCAUUCCAAACAUUGUCUCAGUGUGGAAACUGAGGCAGACGGUGGCCAGGCUGGACCAUAUGAGAACUGGAUGCUGGAACCAGCUCUAGCCACUGGAGAGGAGCUGCCAGAACUGACCCUGCUGACCACAUUGUUGGAGGGCCCUGGAGAUAAGACACAGCCACCUGAGGAGGAGACCCUAUCCCAGGCCCCUGAGAGUGAGGAGGAACAGAAGAAGAAGGCUCUGGAAAGGAGUAUGUAUGUCUUGAGUGAACUGGUAGAGACAGAGAAAAUGUAUGUGGACGACUUGGGGCAGAUUGUGGAGGGUUACAUGGCCACCAUGGCCGCUCAGGGGGUCCCAGAGAGUCUUCGAGGCCGUGACAGGAUUGUGUUUGGGAACAUCCAGCAAAUCUAUGAGUGGCAUCGAGACUAUUUCCUGCAGGAGCUGCAGCAGUGUUUGAAGGAUCCUGAUUGGCUGGCUCAGCUAUUCAUCAAACACGAGCGCAGGCUGCAUAUGUACGUGGUGUACUGCCAGAAUAAGCCCAAGUCCGAGCACGUGGUGUCAGAGUUUGGGGACAGCUACUUUGAGGAGCUCCGGCAGCAGCUAGGGCACCGCCUGCAGCUCAAUGACCUCCUCAUCAAACCAGUGCAGAGGAUCAUGAAAUACCAGCUGUUGCUCAAGGAUUUUCUCAAAUAUUACAGUAGAGCUGGGAUGGAUACUGAAGAGCUGGAGCAAGCUGUGGAGGUCAUGUGCUUUGUACCCAAGCGCUGCAAUGACAUGAUGACCCUGGGGAGACUUCGGGGGUUUGAGGGCAAACUGACUGCUCAGGGGAAGCUCUUGGGCCAGGACACAUUCUGGGUCACAGAGCCUGAGGCUGGCGGUCUGCUCUCCUCCCGGGGUCGAGAGAGACGUGUCUUCCUCUUUGAGCAAAUCAUCAUCUUCAGCGAGGCCCUGGGAGGAGGAGUACGAGGUGGAACGCAGGCUGGAUAUGUGUACAAAAGCAGCAUCAAGGUGAGCUGCCUGGGACUGGAGGGGAACCUCCAAGGUGACCCUUGCCGCUUUGCACUGACCUCCAGAGGGCCAGAGGGUGGGAUCCAGCGCUAUGUCCUACAGACUGCAGAUCCUGCGGUCAGUCAGGCCUGGAUCAAGCAAGUGGCUCAGAUCCUGGAAAGCCAGCGGAACUUUCUCAAUGCAUUGCAGUCACCCAUUGAGUAUCAGAGGAGGGAGAGUCAGACCAACAGCCUGGGGCGGCCAGGAGGGCUUAGGGUGGGGAGUCCUGGGAGAAUCCGGCCUGGAGACCGGGCCCAGGUCAGCACACAAGCACCCAUCAACGGCUCUCUCCCCUCCCUGCUGCUGUUGCCCAAAGGGGAGGUGGCCAGAGCCCCCCUGCCCCUGGACACACAGGCCCUCAGUGACUUCCCCCAAGCUCCUCGUGACUCUCCUCCAGCUCCACCAAUCCCAAAUACCCCUCCCUGCCAAGCCAGACUUGCCAAGCUGGAUGAAGAUGAGCUGUAA